AUGAAGUUCGCAUUCGCCCUCGCCACCCUCUCCGCCACCGUCUUGGCCCAAGAUGACGUCGCCCCUGACAACAACUUUAUCGAAAUCGUCGGCGGCACCGAAGCCAAGGUCGGCCAACACCGGUACCUAGCGGGCCUCAAGCACUCGGCCACGUCCUCGUCCAGCUGUGGCGGCAGUCUGAUCGCCCCCAACGUCAUCCUCACGGCGGCGCAUUGCACGGGCGGCGGCCUCACUACCGCCGUCGUGGGCUCGCACUUCCUCUCCGGCUCGUCCGACGGGGAGGUGGUCAAAAUCACCAAGGAGAUCCGCCACCCUCAAUACAACGCGGCGACGCACUCGAACGACGUGGCCAUCCUCCUCUUGGACCGCAGCAUCACGAGUAUCACGCCCGUGGCGGUGUCGUUUGACACAGUUCCUGCCAACGUACUCACGUGGGUGCGCGGGUGGGGCACCACGUCGUCCGGCGGCUCCCAGUCCAGGGUGCUCAAGGAAGUGAGCGUGCUGUCGUGGGACAACGCCCGAGCCACCACGGCCCUGCGCCCCAGCAAGGUGGACAACAGCAUGUUGGCUGCGGGGGGAAAGCAAGGCGAAGACUCGUGCCAGGGCGACUCGGGGGGACCGUUGACCAUCGAACAGAACGGCGUCGCGCGCCUCGUGGGGGUGGUCAGCUGGGGCCUCGGCUGCGGCGACCUCAACAAGCCCGGCGUGUACGGUCGUCUUAGCUCUGCUCGGUCGUUCAUCGAGCCGUACUUGAAGAAGAAGAACUUACGCGUGCCUUACUUGGUCGGGGAGGACGUCGAAGCUUCGGAAGAGGUCGUGGCGGACGAUGUGGUGAACAGCGACGUUGUGUCCGCCCUUGAAGGAGAAAUCUAG